CGACAAAAAUACACCUUGCUGCAAGAAUAUGAAUUUGAUUUGCUCCCAGGCUAGAUGCUGGGGUCACAACAGCGGCAAGUUGGAGCCUUUGUAGUCUAUUGAGAAUCGAGCACGGGGCCCGUGGCACAUGGAGAUAGUGAGUCAUGUUUCUGCUUUCACUUUGGUAUUAUGUUUGAUGGUGCAACACCUAGUUCAGAGACAGUUGUUUUUGGACAAAUCAUCAGUGCGAAAUGAAGAUGGCAUAAUUAACUUUGCAUCAGUAACAACCAACAUAAAUGUGGCGGGGGUUACUUGCAAAUAUUUGACCAGAGUAAACAAACUCAAAGUCCGUGACAUCUAGUGCAGUGUGUUCGGUACGUACUGAAAGAUCAGAGCAUUGAAAUAAGGGACGUAGUGUCAAUGCAAUCAUAU